AUGUCCGACACUCCUGGCUCCAUUCCAAAUGACUUCGUGUGGACAACAUCCUGCCACUCUACCACGGCCCUUCGUGAAGAUCAGACUCAAGCCAGUGACAUUGAAUUCACCGUCUCGAAGCCCCUCCUCUGCAAAAAGUCCUCAUACUUUGCCGCUAUGUUCGAAGGCGAGUUCAUCGAGGGGCAGACGCAGACCGUGAACAUGGAAGAAAUCGAGGGCGUUGUCUCUCCGCAAACCAUGCCAGCUCUCCUCCAGUGGAUGUACAAUCGCCAAUUCGAAUUCAACACUGUGGAGCCCGAGGAGCAGAUCACAGCCGCAAUUGAGCUUUCACGACUCGCGGACAUGUGUGACGUCCAGGAUCUGGGCGAAGAGAUGGCCAAAUUCAUCAAAGAGGUGCUCAUUGAGAACCAGGACCCCUACCCGGACGAUAACGACUACCAGGAUAGGAAUACCUACGCGACGACCGACGAGCACAUCAAUUCGGCAGGCUACUUUCCUCGUCACCAUGCUGUGCGAGGUAUUCUGGCUGCAGCUUCGGUCGAGGGAUUCUUCAAGGAUAAAGUGUACAAGUUUGCUAAGCAGGCUCGAAACCAUCCCACGUCUGGAAUCGAUCUUCUCGAACAUGUGAGAAGGCACUGUAUACCCUUGAAACAAGGACUGGGGAAGCAACGGUGA